AUGCGAUGCGCGAGCAAGGCCGCCGAGAGUGCGUCUGCACGUCUCUGUGCGGACGCCGAAGCAGAAACUACAGCAACUGAUAUCCCAUCGGUUGCUGAAUCGACUCAGCCUGUAUCACCUGGUGAUGCAGGCGCUGGUCAUGAAGACACUCGUGUCUUCACAGAGUACGAGCUCGGUGUCUCGUACUCUCCUGAUACGGAUGACGGAUCCGUAUCGACGGCAAUUGAAUCCAAGCCGCCUGCCAAGCGUGGCAUGGACGAUGCUUUGCGUCGCAGCAUCUUUGGUUCAUCUGAUGAGUCAGAUGAACCAUCGCCGAAGCGAAGGCGCUCGAGGUCGCGAGACUCGGGCGCUAAUAGUGGUGUCGUUUCUCCAAUGGACACCACUUCACAGCGAGGUGCCAGUACUUCUGUCGGCACGUCGCAGGAAGAGCGGGACCGCAAUGUGUUGCGUCUCGUUCCAGAAAAGAAGGCAUGGAUGCCUCCUAAAUCCGUCAUGGAUCACUUGUCGGCGACGACGAGUGAUCGUUAUCGAACACGAUUGUUCGAUUCGUCAAGGAUUCAUCACCUUGACCCCAGCGCGAAAGACUAUCGCGCUGAACAUGAGUUCUUCAUCGAUGCUUUCUUCAGACAUCGAUGGUACAGUGGGAAUCACAAACGUGAUGGUCCCUCACUACUUCAGGCGUGGAACGCCUACAUCCAUAAUCUCGAGGAUGUAGGUCGUGACGCUUGGAACGACAAACUUAUCAAAGCUCGUGAUAAGUUUGAAAAGCGAACCCCGACAGGUGCACGCUAUAAGCUGCAUCGUCUGUCAAGGGAGAAAGGAUUACCCUGCCUCUCUUGGGGAGACUCGUGCCCAUGUUGUGUGAACAACUCUGCACGAGCACCUAAGGAGGCUUACCUCCUUACCAGCCCGUGGUGGCGCGUACGUGUCUCUACUGAGAUGUACGAAGGGAUUGACAACCUGAAAUCCCUUUACGACCGUGCCGGGAAGACUUUCUCCGGCGGUCCUUCUGCGGCACAGGAUGUGUCGCGUCGUACUGCUCGACCAGACCCAGUACGUCAACCAUCAAUGGGAGCGGGGCUCCCAAGAAUCCCAGGACGGGGGAUAGCCGCGCCACCGGACGAGGUAACUCGUCCGACGUCCGUUCACGUCGCGGUGGUUCAACAGCUGCUCUACUAG